AUGUCUGACUCGGUAGAUUCCGCCAAGGCUGGCGGUGCUGCUGGUGACGCACCCCUAACAAAGCCUUCGCUAAGAGUCCCAGAUGCGGCCCUCACUGGUGUGACUAGCCGUGAGCAAGACCUGGCCGAUGGUCCUUCACUAUUAGGCAUCGGUGACGGGCAAGGUGACCCAUACACUGAUUUGACCUGGGAAACAACGGAGAAUUAUGUUCCACAGGCAGGUGUACUGUCGUCGCUUCUGUUUAGAUUGCCACAGCCCGGGCCCACAGAGGUCAUCGUCUCACACGCAAGCAAUUCACACCACAAGGAAGUGCUGCUUACUUCAACUGAUGGACCAAGGAUCAACCACUCAUUGUAUUGGACCCCUGAGUUUUCAUGGCAGGGCUCUCACCUCUGUUUUGAUGAUCAGCCACUCGAGCUACCAGAAACACGCGAUGGCCAAUCUUCCAGAGCCGGCCCUGACUCAGAGCACGCAUUCUCGUUAUCUCACAGGUCCUUGCCUCAUAUAGGAGGGCUCGAUCGUGGCAAUGACGAGUUUCAGAUAUCUGCAAUUGCUGGUAUUGGAAGUUUCGCCCAGUCUGAAACCGUCUUUCGCGGAGAAUUCAUCGAAGCCGGAUUGCCAGCUCACGUGGAAAUUGCCAUGCAGGAGACCAUCAAAAACAUAGUGGAAACACUUGUCGACGACUACUACAGAUCCUAUGCGCCACAGAAACGGACUCUUGCAGCAAAGCGCAAGCAGGCUGAUCGAAGCUCCAGUAGUUCGACCAGGAGCAGUCGAGCAUCAGUUGCACGGAAAGGUGCUAAAGCUGGAAGCCGCAAAGGUCAGACUAUUGAUGGGGAUGGGGGAAGUGAGGAUGAGGAGUCUAGUGGCAACAGGCAAAGCCCGUCCGAUACUGAUACAUCUGUCGAAAACACCCUCUUCUGGGCUUGUCCUUUCAUGAAAUGGGAUCCCAGAGAGCACAGACACUCUUGUGUCAAGAAACUCAGGGACAUACAUGGCCUCAGAAAGCACAUUCAAGAGAAGCAAUUUGGUAAACACUGUCCUGAGUGUUUUCGAAAGUUCUCCGAAGACACAACUGACGCCCCUCCGCACCCAUGCGUCGAAAUAUAUGAUCUUCCGCCACGUCCAGAGGCAGGACUCAUCACGAUGGAUAUGCAAACUGCGAUCAAAGAAAGACCCGACCCUAGAAUGAGUCAAAAAGAGAAAUGGGAGAGACUUUUCAAAAUUGUUUUACGCUACGAGCCGAUUCCUUCAAGCCACUCCCUCGAUCAUGAGAUGGCGCUGGUUCUUUGUAAAGUAGACGACCUCUUCUGUCGGCCAUCUGUGCAGCGCAGAGUUCGCCAUAUGAUACACGAGUCUCAACUUGCGUCUAAACUCAAUCGUAUAUGGAGAAGGCUUGAUGAGCUUGUGUUUGAAAGAUUAGUACAAUGGUUUUUGGACGCCCUCAAUGCUAAUGUCAUUGAGAUGAACGCUCGGAUAGCUUCCGAAGAAGAAACAGUUGAUCAUGCACAACCCAUUUCGACUAUGGAAAACGGCAUACCUGAUCACUCAUACACACUUGAUUCGAGGGGCACCGGGUAUGAUCAGAAUGAAAUCACCACAAUUCAGUCUGGCCUCUUGAUAAAAGUCGACGACACCACCACUCCGAUCCCAGAACUAUUUGCGGACCAGUCAGAAAUCGGAGUCGGGGAAACUCAUGGUCGUCUUGAAGCCACUGAUACCUACGGACUUUUCUGUUCAGACGUGGCUGGAAAUGUGACUGGAAAUGUGAACUUUGAAGAGACUGGGAGUGAUCCCUUUUUGAGACCCGCGGGAGGGGAUCUUCCUUGGUACAGUGGACAAGGGAUGUUUGAGACGGAGCUUGAUCAAAUGUGGAGUGAUCAGAGUUUCCCCCAGGGGACUUAGUUUAGGAGUCAUUUCUUUCAAUUUCGUUUACUCUCCUCGGUUAUUUCCUGUUCUCAGUAUACUCGUUU